AUGUGGGUCAACUCCGGAACCGUCGGAAGGGCCCUCUCCAUGGAUAUUGACACAGACUAUGAGCGGCCCAAUGUGGAAACCAUUAAGUGUGUGGUGGUGGGGGACAAUGCAGUAGGUAAAACCAGGCUAAUCUGUGCCCGGGCCUGCAAUGCCACGCUCACACAGUAUCAGCUGCUUGCCACCCACGUGCCAACCGUUUGGGCUAUCGACCAGUAUCGAGUAUGCCAGGAGGUACUGGAGAGAUCUCGGGAUGUGGUGGAUGAGGUCAGUGUGUCCCUGAGGCUUUGGGACACAUUUGGAGAUCAUCACAAAGACAGGCGAUUUGCCUACGGCAGGUCUGACGUAGUGGUGCUCUGCUUCUCUCUGGCUAAUCCCAACUCCCUGCGCCAUGUUCGCACCAUGUGGUUUCCGGAGAUCAAGCACUUCUGUCCCCGAACACCCAUCAUCUUGGUCGGCUGCCAGCUGGAUCUGCGCUAUGCUGACCUGGAUGCAGUUAACCGUGCGAGACGGCCGUUAGCAAAGCCCAUCAAAACAACAGACAUCCUUCCUCCAGAGAGAGGCCAUGAGGUGGCAAAAGAGCUUGGAAUUCCUUACUAUGAGACCAGCAUUGUAGCCCAAUUUGGAGUCAAAGAUGUGUUUGACAAUGCCAUCCGUGCAGCCCUCAUUUCCCGUCGACACCUGCAGUUCUGGAAGUCCCAUUUGAAAAAGGUCCAGAGACCCCUUCUCCAGGCACCGUUCCUGCCCCCUAGACCACCAUGCCCCAUCGUGGGUAUCCCAGACCCACUGCCAAAUGAUGGCAAAGACCCUGACGCCCUUUUCUGUCAGCCUCUUUGUGCAGAUGUUCUAUUCCUUUUGCAAAGUGGCUCUACUCGUGUCUUUGCACACAAGGUCUAUCUGGCUACGUCCUGCUCCAAGUUCUACGACCUUUUCACCCUUGAUCUUGGUGGCUUGAGUUUUGGGGCAAUGGGAGAGGAAGAGAACAGCAAGGAAAACACAGAAAGUGGAGAAGAAGACGAGCAGAGCAGGAGAGGAUCCAAAGAGCAAGCUGGGCGUACUAAGAGCCUGGACAUUGAUAAAGAGGGAGUAGAUGGAGGAGUUCGGUGCCUGAAUCGACCUGAGCUCCUCCAACAAGGCUCUUUGAGGACUUCACAGAGUGAUAAUGCACUUCCCUCUCGCGCCCAAUAUUCAAUGGGAGCAAUUGGGACAGGCCGAGCCCUUUCUGGAUGGGGUAGGGGGUUCCUCAGUGUGUGUUUGGAGCAUGUUGAUGAUCCUAUGACUGGACGGCCUCGUCUCAUGACUGUGGUUGCCAUGGAUGAACUGAUACAGGAGGAACCGUUUAAGGCAGUGCUUCAGUACCUUUACACAGGCAGUCUGGAUGAGAGCCGAGGGGAUCUGAUGCAGGUGGCCACCAUUGCGGAGUUGCUUGAGGUGUUCGACCUUCGGAUGAUGGUAGCCAAUGUUCUAAACAGAGAGAGCUUCAUGAAUCAGGAGAUCACAAAGGCCUUCCAUGUUCGCAGAGCCAAUCGCAUCAAAGAGUGCCUCAAUAAAGGAACCUUUGCUGAUGUGGUGUUCCGACUGGAUGACGGCUGCCUCCCGGCCCACAAGCCCCUGCUCAUCUCCAGCUGUGACUGGAUGGCAGCCAUGUUCCGUGGCUCCUUUAUGGAAAGCUACAUCGAGGAAGUAUCGAUUCCAAACACCAGUACAGCAUGCAUGCGUGGAGUGCUCGAGUUCUUAUAUUGUGGUCUCCUGACACCAUGUCCUGGACUGGAAUCAAUGGAACUGAUCAUUGUGGCAAACCGUCUCUGUUUGCCACGACUUGUUGCCCUCACUGAGCAGCAUGCUGUGGAUGAGCUACUUCAGCUGGCAGCAAAAGGAGUGGACAUCGAUGGGCAGGUGUUAGCUUAUCUUGAAGUUGCACAGUUCCACAAUGCCAAACAGCUCUCUGCUUGGUGUCUUCAUCACAUCUGCACAAAUUAUAACAGCAUCUGUCGCAAGUUUCCCAAAGACAUGAAAGCUAUGUCUCCAGAAAACCAGAGGCACUUUGAAAAGCAGCGUUGGCCUCCUGUGUGGUUCUUGAAGGAGGAAGACCGCUACCUCCGCUCUCAAAAGGAGCGUGAGCGCGAGGAGGAGAUCCUACGCAAGCAGCACACCAAACGAGGCUGGUGUUUCUGGAGACACCCGUCUUCUUCUCCGCACGUCUCCUAAAGGGUUUUCCCUUUUUAUGGCUCUUGGAUUCUCCGCUCUGUGAAAGCAAACCCAUGGAUAAGCGCUUACAGAACAAAAUGCCUCUAAAUCCCUCCAUCUGUGGAGACAUAACCCUCAGUGCUAAUAUUCCUGAAAGUUUGCAUGCUCGCGAGGAAUGUAUGUGCCUCUUUGUGGGUGGUUGGUCUUGGGAUGGAUUCGGACUCAACGGGAAGGAUGUUUUCAUGGGUGAGUGAGUGUAUGUGUGGAAUAUAGUGAUGCUUCCAAUGGAGACACAGUGAUCUCUAACAGGACAUAUGCAGUGAGGAGCCACCCCCCCUCCUCCUGUCUGUAAAUGCUUUUUUUCCCUCCAUCUACCAGCACUCAGUUGCCUUGGAGUGUUGGGAUUGGAAGAAAGGGCUUUUUCUUCUUUCUGUUUUCUCAGUCUUUAACCUUCACGUUGACCUUAAUGACUUUAACACAUUCAACACCAGAGCUCCCUUUGAGGUGGGUGGGGGAGUUCACCUUUACCUUGACUAAUUAUAGGGACUGUUAGCUUGCACAUGAGAUGCAUUCCAACAGUUUAGUCUCUGGAAACCAGCAGUAGAUGCAGGAACCAACCUUGCUAUUCCUUUUUUUUUAUAUUUUUUUUUUUCAAUCUCUUCAUCUACAUCUUUGAGCCCUUUGGGGUACUAUUACCAGGGUAAAAAAGUGCAUAGAACUCAGAGGAAGUCAGUAAUCAUAAUGCAACCUUAAACUAGAUCUUAAAACAUACGAAUAAGUAGGAAAGUAAAUGCAAAUAACCUACCAGAUAGUCUUCAUGUCUCUCAUCUAUUAUCUGAACCUAAGCACCAUAUUUCUGCGCACAGAAUGCUCAUUGAGAUCCAUAUGGAGUCAUUCUAUAGCGCUGAUA